AAAGCGCUUUGUGAACAGCGGCGAUGCCCCAGUGUCUGACGCACUCUGAUGCACUUCACUCAGCGGAGAAGUUUCAGCCGGCGUUCGCUACCGUGGAAUGACUCGGUAUCUCUUGUUGUCUUUGGUCAAGUGUAUUUUGGAUCAUGCUUCGAGCUUUCUGUGUUGAAACAUUAAAGAUACCGUUUGUUUGGGCGCUGUGAGUCAGCCAUGAUGUCGGCCCUGGGGGGCAUCACCAUGGCAACAGGUCUGCUGUACCUUGGCUCCAACGACGCCGUCUACGACGACCCGUCCGCCUUCUCCGGCCUCAUGAAGGCGGGCUUCGUACCGGACAAGCCACGCUUCCCCAGCGGAGCCAAGGAGCUGGGCCUCGCCAGCCCCUUCCCGGAGACCAGCCUCUCCGACCUCCUCUCCUCCGCCAACGGGACGGCGGUGAGGAGCGCGGCCGGCGUGCCGUGCGGGGGGAGCUCCGCGGACCACAUGGAGUGCUUCAUGAUCCUGACGCCCGGCCAGCAGCUGACCAUCGCCGUGCUGGCCCUCACGCUGGGCAGCUUCACGGUGCUGGAGAACGUGGCGGUGCUGGGGGUCAUCCUGCUGACCCAGACGCUGCGCCGCCGCCCCUCCUACCUCUUCAUCGGCAGCCUGGCCGCCGCCGACCUGCUGGGCAGCGUCAUCUUCGUCUACAGCUUCCUGGACUUCCACGUGCUGCACAGGAAGGACACGCCCCCCGUCUUCCUCUUCAAGCUGGCCGGCGUGAUCACCUCCUUCUCGGCGUCGGUGGGCAGCCUCUUCCUCACGGCCAUCGACCGCUACGUCUCCGUCCAGCGGCCGGUCGCCUACAAGCGCAUCGUGACGCGGGCCCGGGCCGUGGCCGCCUUCACCGCCAUGUGGGCGGGCGCCGCCACCUUCUCCCUGCUCCCGCUGCUGGGGUGGAACUGCAGGAGUCUGGCCUCGGCCUGCUCCGAGCUCUUCCCGCUCAUGGACCGACGCUACCUGAUGCUGUGGAUCGGCGUGACGGGCGCCCUGGUGCUGUUCAUCGUCUACGCCUACGUGUUCAUCCUGUGGAAGGCCCACCGCCACGCGCUGCGCAUGAUGAGCCGCGGCGCCCAGCGGAGCGUGGUGCUGUACGCCGCCGACGGCAACAGGGUGCAGACGGGGCGGCCCGAGCAGGCCCGCGUGGACCUGCGCCUGGCCAAGACCCUGGCCCUGAUCCUGGUGGUGCUGCUGCUCUGCUGGGGGCCCGUGCUCGCCAUCAUGAUCUACGAGCUCUUUUCGAAGGUGAGCGACGCACUGAAGGCGGCGUUCGCCUUCUGCUGCAUCCUGUGUCUGCUCAACUCCACCGUCAACCCUGUCAUCUACGCCCUGCGCAGCAAAGACCUGCGCCGUGCAUUCCUGCACCUCCUGAGGCCCCGUCCCUCCUCCGACGGUGGCGGCUGCUGUGGCCAGAGGGCCCCUGUGGGGGGGCCCCCGGAAGGGAACCAGGAGAGGAGGAGCAGAGGGGCCCGGGUCACGCUGUCGGGGGGGACGGAGACUUCGGGGGCAGAGCUUGUAUGAAGGAGGGGGUCCUUCAUGUGGAGAGAGGAGACGUGAUGAUGCAGGAUGAUUGUGACCCUGACACGUGCCAAACGGAUCAAUAGACCCUUAACAGGCUUCGUCUUUGUUAGCAUUUUACUUUUCUUUUUUGUAGUAAUACUUUGAUAUCAUGCCAGGGAAAACUGUUAUGUCUGGUUUCUUGAUUUGAAUCCUAGUCCGUGAAAAUGACAUUAUGUGGGUCAUAGAAAGUUGAAAAAUGAAACAUUUGUAAAUUUGAAUCGGAAAAAAGCAUUUAAAUGGUUUUGUAAGGAAAUUAAAUUAUAAUGUGAUAAUCAGUUGUGUUUUACAGAGGAUAAUAUCAAGAACAUCUCUUCAUCACCUUGCCCUGAAAGUUCUUAUCUAUUUAUGUGUUGUUUAUAUUGCGCUUUUUUUGUACGACGGUAUUCUUGUAAGAAAAUAAAUGGUGCAAUUUUAUUGUGCAAUACUUUGUAUAUUGUGUUUUCCUCUAGUUCUGACUCUGAUGACGUUUCCAUCAGAUUGUUGCUCCUGUUUCUCUUUGAGGAGACAAUGGAACCAAGCACCAUAGAAAGAUGU